UUUAAGUUUGUUUUCGAGGGAAUGGAAGAAUCGGGUUCUAAAGGACUCGACGAUGUGAUCAUAGCUGAAGCCAAUGGUUUCCUCAAGAAUGUUGACUUUGUAUGCAUUACUGAUAGCAAUUGGUUGGCAACUGAGAAGCCGUGUCUCACAUACGGCUUGAGAGGUAUCUCCUAUUUCUAUGCGGAGAUCGAGUGCGCGGCCAAAGACCUGCAUUCAGGCGUUUACGGCGGAUCCGUUCACGAGGCGAUGACUGAUUUGGUGCUUCUUAUGUCAAAAUUAGUUGAUAAUAAGGGAAAGAUUUUAGUGCCCGGGGUUAUGGACGACGUGGCGCCCCUCACCACUCACGAGGAGGGCCUCUACCAUAAGAUUGAGUUCGAUUGCAAUCAGUUCCGCGACGAUGUGGGCAUUCAAAGGCUCAUCCAUUGCGAUAAAGUCAAGACUCUGACCCAUCUCUGGAGAUAUCCAUCCCUUUCAUUGCACGGAAUUGAAGGCGCGUUUGCUGGCGCGGGCGGUAAGACUGUAAUCCCGCGUAAAGUUGUGGGAAAGUUCUCCAUAAGACUGGUCCCCAAUCAGGACCCAGAAAAAGUUGGCAAACAAGUGAUCGAUUACUUGAACAGUGAGUUCAAAAAGAUGGACAGUCCUAACAAACUGAGAGUUGUUAUGCCAAAUACCGGCAAACCGUGGGUUUGCGAUCCAAAUGACCCCAACUUUAUGGCCGCCCGUAAAGCCAUGAAAACUGUGUUUGGAGUGGAGCCGGACCUGACCCGUGACGGCGGAUCCAUACCCGUGACGCUCACCUUCCAUGAGGCGACUGAUAAGAAUGUGCUGCUAUUGCCGAUGGGAGGGCCCGAUGACGACCCCCACUCUCAGAAUGAGAAGAUCGACAAAAGGAAUUACAUCGAAGGCACCAAAGUCUUCGCCGCCUAUGUCUAUGAAUUGGCGAAUUUGAGCUAA